AUGAGUCCGAAGCAAACCCUCGCCGUUGCGGGACAAAUCUCUCUUUCAUUCGCAGAGCCUCCACGGGCGACCGAAGCGGGUUGCGCCAUUAUCUCCGGAUCGCGCCAAUUAGCCGCUCCCGUCCGGAAAAUGGCGGACGGGCGAUCGGGCGUCAAUCAGGGCAUUACGAUAUCCCGCCAAUUCUCACGACACGCGCAGCCUCCGCGGAGGCACGCCAUUUCGCCGCCACGUUUAAACGGGCCCGAUUCACGGAACAACGACACGGAUAGACGUGCUGAUACCUCACCGAUUACACUGCAGCGCGAACGAUUCCUA